GGCUGCUACGUUUGGACAAUGUCAGGGGGCAUCACAAGAUCUCGCAGUAAUCAGUAAUGUAACACUUAGCCCUGAUCCUCCAGAAGCUGGUUCUGAUCUCGAAGUUAAAGGUUCAGCAACGACCGAUGAUGCCAUCGUUGUUGGUGAUUCCAUCAUUUUUGCAAUUGUAGAUGCAGUUACAAAUGACACCAUAUUCCUUAGCCCGUUUGUAAAUAUUUGCUUGAAUACUACAUGUCCAACAAAAACGAUUACCUUUGACGAACACUAUAAUUUAUUAAACGUAACAUCGCUUCCGGCAGAAUACUACGUUGGAGUUUUAAUCGGAUCUGAUCUAUCCAAAAUAAAAGCUUGUGGGGAAGCUCUCCUCCCAGAAUAA